AUGGCUUCGUACGGCAAGACCGGUUACGAUGUUGAAUAUAAUGCGCAUCCGAGCACCGACGAGAAGCACCGCUCGGUAGUGGUUCCCGAUGAAUCUGGUGCCGUCCAUGGAGAGUCCUUCGUCGCCGGGGACACUUUGUAUGCCAGACUUCAACGAUUGGCUGGCCGUUUCGGUGUUGAGCAGAGAGGCAUCGAACGAGUUCCCGAAGAUGAGAGGACGGAUAAGACGGUCAUCAAACUCAGUACCAUGUGGCUGGCUGCAAACAUGACCGUUUCGACGUUUGCCAUUGGAGUUCUUGCAGUCCCUGUGUUUGGCUUGGGAUUUGUGGACGCCGUUCUCACCAUCUUCUUUUUCAAUGUCCUGGGUAUCAUCCCAGUGGCAUUUUAUGCAACGUUCGGUCCUCGAUUUGGAAUGCGACAGAUGGUGCUGGGGAGAUUCUGGUUCGGCUAUAAUGGUGUCAAGCUGAUCGCAAUAUUCAACUGCCUUGCGUGCCUUGGCUGGUCAUCCGUCAAUGUGAUUGUUGGGUCCCAAUUACUGCACGCCGUCAACGAGAACGUGCCUGGCUAUGCUGGUAUCAUCAUCAUUGCAGCGGGCACUUUCAUAAUCACACUUUUCGGCUACAAGGUGGUGCACUGGUACGAAAUGAUAUCCUGGGUGCCAUGCCUGAUAAUCCUGCUCGUGGUAGUGGGCGAGUUCGCCCACCGAGGGGACUUUGAAAACCUCGCCAUGGGCGCUGGAUCAAGCGAAGCCGGCUCUGUGCUGUCCUUCGCCGCAGCGAUUUUCGGCUUUGCAACUGGCUGGGCAUCCUACGCUGCAGAUUACAGCUGUUACCAGCCAGCGAACGUGAGUCGGGUCAAGGUUUUUGCCUACACGUUUGUCGGGCUGUUCUUCCCUCUCUGCUUCUGCAUGAUGCUCGGCGCGGCCAUCGGCACCGCGACUGUCAACAACGAACUAUACUCAAAGGCGUACCAAAAGGACCACAUCGGAGGCCUCCUACACGAGAUCCUAGUGCCAAGACUGGGCAACUUCGGUGCAUUCUGCGUCGUGGUGCUGGCGCUCUCUAUCAUCGGCAACAACUGCCCGAAUAUAUACUCCAUCUCCUUCUCGCUCCAAUCCAUCACGCACUACGCGCAAUUUGUGCCGCGCUUCGUCUGGACCUUCAUCGCCACGGUGGUCUACUGCGCCAUCGCCAUCCCGGGCUACUCGCACUUCGAGUCCGUGCUCGAGAACUUCAUGCUGUGCAUCGGCUACUGGCUCGCCAUCUACGAGGGCAUUUCUCUGCCCGAGCACUUCGUCUUCAAGCGCGGCUUUUCCGGCUACCAUGCUGAAAACUAUGACCAGCCGAAGAAAUUGCCGCCGAGCUUUGCCGCCCUCGGUGCGUUCUGCUUUGGAAUUGUCGGUGCUGUUAUGGGUAUGGCGCAGGUUUGGUAUAUUGGUCCCGUUGGGAAAUUGAUCGGGUCGCCAGACUACGGUGGUGAUGUGGGAUUCGAGUUGGCUUUUGCCUUUACUUUUGCCACCUAUUUACCAUUCAGGUAUUUCGAGAAGAGGAAGUUUGGGCGAUAG